AUGGACGACCUUAGCUUCGCAGCGUUGUGCGACGACUUUUCGCAGCAGCCGUGCGGCGAUUUUUUGCAGCAGCCGUGCGACCAGCUUAGUGCGAAUCUAAUGGACCUGCUGCAGCCGCCCGUUCUUCCGCAAACGUCGCUUGACGAAUUCGACCCAUCUUUUCAAAGAAUCGACGGCUGGUCGUGGCCUGGGAACAAUCUGGACGGUCCGCAGCAGCCCUGCGAGAUGGAUUUGGAGUUCGACGCCGCAAUGGCUGCGCUGUUGGCGGAACCCGCGGUGAGAAUCCCCUGCUCCGCGCAAGAACUCCGCGCACCUGUACCAUCCGCGCAAACUGCUUCCGCGCAAGCCUCCGCGCCCGGCGCGGGCGCGUCUCCGGCAAUUGGAUGGCGCGCGCCCGCAGAAGUCCCCGCCGCAGCACCGAGUGCGGUUCUUUCGCCGAAGCCCGUCGCAACCGUGGCGGAAGCUUUUGCGCUGGCAGCCGCGGGCGCGGCGGGCGUGGCGCAAACGACGGAACCAACAGCCGCGCUGGCGGAAGCUGCGCCUCCCCUCACGGCCACGGCAGGCACUGCAAGCACAGGACUUCGCGAUAACAGCAGUCUAGGGUCUGAAGCGGUCAUGGUGCCGCCAUCAGCGGAGUAUAUCAACGCGGAGUUGCUACUGACGAUGCUGCUGCUGCAGCAGCAGCGCACUAAUAGCCUCGCGGGGACGGAAGGUAGCAGUCUCGCGCAGGCAGUUGUUCUCCCCACAGCGACAAACGGCGGUGCUAACGGUCGUGUUACUGCCGGUCUGCAUGGUGGCGGUGGCGGUGGCAGUGGCUCGCAGGCAGCUGUGCUUCCAGCGAACAACGACGCUACCUUCAAUCGUCCUGCUGCUGCUAUGCUUGGUGGUGGUGGUGGUGGCAAUGGUGGCAGCAGCGGCAGCGUCGCUCUGCAUCCGUUCGAUGUCAUGCUGGGAAUGGACGGACAGGAUCGCUCGGGAGGAGCAGGAGCAGGAGGAGCAGCAGCAGCUGCGCCAGCAGCCGCAGCAGCAGCAGCAGCAGCAGCAGACAUGGCAACCGGAGCAGCUCAAGUGGAUGGCACCGUAUCGGAUGCUGCAGUAACGAGGCUUCUGUUGGAGUGGAUAGCGAUGCAAGACAUGAAUGCGACGGGCACAGGCCCUGGAGGCCCCCCCUUGCAAUUCCCCCACCGCCUCUCCUACCACCCUCUGCCCCAAAAUAUCAUCAGAAAUCCUUCCGCCCCAUUUUCCCCAUCCCUUCCCCCGGCCCCCGUGCCGCCCACUCCUGCCACUUUUCUUCCACGAGGCUCUCCGCCUAUUCCCCUCCCCGCGCCGCCGCCUGCGCCCCAGGGCAUUUCUGGCGGAACGAGUACUGGCGGGAGUGCUGGCGGAGCGGGUACUGGCGGGAGUGCUGGCGGGGCAUGUAGUGGCGAGAUUGCUGGCGGAAGCUCUGCUGCAGCGACCAUGGGUGCGGGGACGUCAGGAGGGGCGGGUGUGGUGUCAGCGGGGGCAGGAGAGGCGAUGACGUUUGAGGCAGCGGCGCAGCAGCUGUUCCUCGCCACUGCGCCUGCUGCGCUGGGAGGGAGGCGGGGAGGGUGGGCGGACGAGGGGGGUGCAGCUGCGGCGAGGGCAUCAGGGGUUGGAGAAGGAGCGUUGCCCUGUGCGUCUGUGGCCCUCUUGCAGGAAACUGCUGCUGGUGAUGCUGAUGAUGGCGGUGAUGCUGCCGCCGAUGCUGAUGGUGCUGCUGACGGAGUUGACUCUGGUGUUGGUGAUGGUGUGGAUCCCACAGGUUGUGCUGCUGCGGUGGAACUUUUGAGUCGACUCAAAAGUCAACUUGCUGAUGGUGCUGCUGACGGAGUUGAUUCUGGUGUUGGUGAUAUUGUGGAUCCCACAGGUUGUGCUGCUGCGGUGGAAAGAGAGGAGGAGCAACGAGGGCGGGAGCGGAAUAUGGAGAGUAGCAAUGGGCCAAGCGAGGGCAAUCACCGUGGACAGGCGUUGCUACAGAUGAUCGAGGACAUGGAGCAGCAGCAACAGCAACAGCAGCAGCAGCAGCAGCAGCAGCAGCAGCAGCAGCAACAACAAGUGCAUGGGGCACAGUACGAGCAAGAGCGUGAAACGCAGCAGCAGCAGGAGAAGGGGGGGCUUGCGGCGUCGCUGGGGGGGUUGACGAGUGUGACAGUAACGAGGGCUCUGAGCGCGCUGGGUGUGGGGGAGAGCAGCAGCGGAGUGGUGCAGCAGGUGCGGAGGCUGCUGGAGGCACAGAGGGAGGAGGAGGAGCAGCAGCAGAACCAGCAGCAGAACCAGCAGCAGAACCAGCAAGAGCAAGUGCAAGAGCACAAGCAACAGGAGCAGCUCUUACUGCGUUAUUUAAAGCAACAAGUGCAUCAUCAGCAGCAGCAGCAGCAGCAGCAGCAGCAGCAGCAGCAGCAGCAGCAGCAGCAGCAGCAGCAGCAGCAGCAGCAGCAGCAGCAGCAGCAGCAGCAGCAGCUGGCAUCCAGCCAGGCAGUGACCCAGGCAAGUGUCGAUGCGAGGCCGUACAACCCCAUUCCAACCCCGGUACCGCUGCCCAUAGACCAGGUGGGCGGGGUGAGAGGCCGGGACUGGGACCACCCGGCUGCAUCCUCAUCGCCCUUCAAGCAAGUGCGAGUGCAUUCCCAGGCGCAUUCUCAGGCGCAUUCUCAGGUGAAUUCCCAGGUGCAGCCUAGCAGGAGUAAGGCGUCCCUCCCCACGCAAGCUCGCCGCACCCCUGACCUGUCAGCACGACUGAAGGGGCUCCUAGGGGUGAUAGGCUCGGGAAUAGGUCCGGUAGUGGAUGUAGCAGCAGGUACGCACGGUGCGGGUCAGGCAGCCGAAGCUGGGAGCACAGCAGAGGGAGGCGAAGAUGCUUCUAUGGAGGGGCAGGAGGGCGGGAUGGGAGACGUGAAUGUGACUGCAAGGGGGGGCGCAAGCUUUGCUAGCAGCACGGCUGCAGGAGGGACGAUUGGAGGCGGGUUCUUUGGUGCAAGUGCCAGCCUUGGUUUCCAGAGGGACUUUGGCUAUGAGCGAUGGAAGGAGCAGGUAGGGGUGCUGCUGGAAGGAAGUGGGAGGAACGGGGGGAAGCAGCAGCAGGAGCAGCAGUGGGGCCAGCAGGAGCAGUCGAAUCAGCCGAAGCAGAGGCGCAAGCGAGGGGAGAUGAGUGCGGAGCGGCAGCAGGAGGAGGAGAGGAGGCAGGAGAGGAAGCUUCUUCAGAAGAUGCUGCAGGCUCUGCCUAAAAGGCAGGCGCACCAACGGCUGUUGCUGCAACAGCUUCCGCUGCGACAGCAGCUGCUGAAGCAGAGCAGCAGCAAUACACAAAGUAGCGAUGGCAGGCGCAACAGGGCUGGCAGUAGUGCCCUCGAAGCACCUUCAAACGCCAUUGCAAACCCCAGCCGGCCGCUGAAACCGGAUGUUUCUGGGCUGCUUCCUGGCAUGGUGGACGGCGGGAAGGAGAGGCACCUGUGGUCGCAGCUGUCAGCGCUGGCUGAAGCUCUCACCACCGACGAUUCGGUGCGGUGGCGGCACUUCAUGCGGCAGGUACGGAGGGAGGCGGCAGCGGGGGGGGACACGCUGCAGCGCAUCGCCUUCCACGCGCUGCAGGCGCUGCGGGCUCGCACCAAUGGCACCGCCAUCCAGCAGUUCAGUUGCGCCCGCGCUUGCUCUGCCGAGGGUAUCAUGGAGCUGAUGGGCCACGACAGUGCUUAUAGCGUGCCAUCCUUUAUGGAGUACAACUAUGCGGCACAGGUGCAAGAGAUAACCCGAGCCUUCAUAGAAGCCGGCAGUGAGACUGGCACUGCGUCGGGCCCAGCCAGCAUCAGCAGUGGGAAGGCCGGGAGCAGCAGCCAAGGCAGGAGUGAGGGUGAGCAGAGAGCGGGUGCGAGCAUGUCCUCCUCUCCCUCCCCUGCCUCGUCCGCCACUCCCUUGGGCUCCCCACCCACCUCCACCAGAAUAUCUGCUCCUACCACUGCACCUCCCACUUCUCUUGCAUCCUCUGCAGCACCGCCCUUCUCGCCUGCACCAAGAGGCACUACAGCUAGCCCCCCUGCUGCUCCCUCCCCUGCAGGAGACGCCAACACAGGCACCAGCACCCGGGGAUGGGAGCGACCCUACCCAUCGCCCCCCACCCCGCUGCUCAAGAUCACAGCCGUCGAUUUCUCCACAGUGAAGCUCUCAUCUCAACGGUCAGGAAUGGUCUAUCUGGGCGGGCGGUACCUGGAGCAAGUAGCUCGGAUGCUAGACCUCCCCUUCACCUUCCAGGGGGUCAAAACCGCACCGGAGGAUUUCCAUCCGUCAAUGGUGGAAGUGGAAGAAGGAGAGGAGGUAGUGGUGCUAGGCAAAUGGUCUCUCCACCUCUUCCCAGACGACUCAGUCCUCCGAUCAAACCCCAGAAACGCCAUCCUCAAGUGGAUUUAUGACCUCUCUCCUCUCCUCUUUCUGCACGUCGAUCUCGACGCGGAUGCCAAUGGGCCCUUCUUCCUCCCGCGCUUCCAGAACGCCGCGCGCAACUUCGCAGCGAUCGUCGAGUCGCUGGACACAAACCUCCCGCACUCCGCGGCGCCGCGGCAGGCCUGCGAGGCGUUUCUAGCGCAUGACAUGGUGAACAGCAUCGCCUGCGAGGGCACGCACCGGUGGCUGAGGACCGAGCGGCUGGAGCAGUGGAGGAAGAGGUUGGAGGCGGCAGGGUUCCGGCCGAAGCCGCUGCAUGCGGACACGGUGAGUGCGAUGCGGGCGGUGACGGAGGGGCGGGAUAGGCGGUUUGAACUGAAGGUGGACGAGCGGUGGUUUGGAGCGUCGGCGGAGCUCAGGUGGCGAGGCACGCCCACUGUGUUUGUGGCCGCGUGGCACUGA